UCCAACUCAUUAUUGCUCUGCGCAUCCAAGCCAAGCGCACGAGUCCGAAAGCAAUUCAAGAUGAUGUCAAUGGAGAGGCGCACCCUCGUUCCGAAUCCAGAGAGAGAGAGAGAGCGCUCGCCGUGUAAGCACAUAGCUGCGUGUGGUGAAGUUUAGUAUACCUCAUAUAAUAACAGUGUUAUUGAACGGAGAGUCAAUUCCAGAAAUCCUCGCCUACUUCGCUAGAUUUAUUUUAUUUUCUUGGUGUUGGGGAAUAAAACUGUCUCUCAACGUUCGCCUUUUUUGUUUUUCUUUAGUCCGCCUGCGCUCUUGGAUCUAUUUGUCUGAGAGAUGUCUGAGUUUAACCACUCAAAUCUAUCAGGCGGAAACGCUGCGGAUCCGGACUACAAGUGGACAUAUGAGUAUUACGACGAUGAUGAGCCUGUUUCGUUCGAGGGACUCAAAGCGCACCGAUACUCCAUCGUGAUAGGCUUCUGGGUGGGCCUGGCUGUCUUUGUCAUCUUCAUGUUCUUUGUCCUGACGCUUCUCACCAAGACAGGAGCUCCACAUCCCGAAGGAGCUGAGCCCUGUAAGAAGCGUGUUCAUCUGACCAGCUGUGUGGAGGACCUCCGCCCCCCUGCAGACCCUGACAACCGGCCCUGCCUCCAACUGGACUCCUCUCUCAGCCGCUCUCUCUUCCACAUCAAUGAGGAACAGGCCCAGGGGGGGUCCAGACCUAGAGCUGGGGCAGGAGUUGUGGGAGCAUCCAGAGGAGGGCUGGUCCAGGGGCCGGGGCGAGGCAGGUCAGGCAGCCCAGAGGAGAGGGUGGUGGUGGGGAUGGAAGUAGGUGUCAGCCGUGCCCUGCAAGGGGCUGCCAUGUUGGGGGGGGACCGGACUGACCACAGAGAGGCAAUGUCCCUGUCCCUCUUCAACAUCCCUAACGUUGUGAACUCCGAGCACAGCUCCGCUCUGGAGGCGGACGAUCUGCUUCUGGGGGAGCCACCAAUCAUCAUGGAGGGGGAGUAUCAUUCCCAUGGGGUCCAUCACACAAUUGACUGGGGGAACCACCAAUCAUCUUAGAGGGGGAGUGUCAUCGACCACGUAGCGCCCUUCAGAAGAUGGACUGUCCUGCCCAUCACACAAUAGACUAUGGUCCUGCUUACUUCUCACACCCACCUCCGUUAGGACAUUAUAGAUAAUUAUGAGGACAUCACAGGACUCACCAGCCUUAUAUAGAGUUGUGUGAACCGAAUUCAUGGAGGUUCAAAUAAGUCCUAAUCUAACAUUCUGUGUUGUGCCAGUCAUGUACAGUGCAAGGUCUCCUAAUUAGGCUGUGGUUCCAGCUUCUCACACCACCUCCAUUGUGAGGACAUUCUGGAUUAUUCUGGAUCCUCCUACAGUAACUGUACCUCCUGACAUUUUCAUUCUGUUCAGAUUUGGUUCAGGCUGAAAUACUGUACAGUCAAAAUAUAUAAACAUUUAAUGUUAAUUAACAAUACAGAGUUAAAUAUAGAUAUGUGAUAUGCGCUACUUUUCUAAUCUUUAUGUCAACAAGGUUGCCCACGCAGAGCCAGAACUUGUGACGUCACAUCUCAACACUAAACUGGAAGUUCAGCUUCAUCAAGUUGCUUUAGAAUGUUUUUGUGUUUUUUUUUAUUUAACUAGGAAGUGAGUUAAGAUUUUUUUUAAAUUUACAAUGACAGCCUACCCCGGCCAAAUCCUCCCCUAUCCCAAUUGUGCGCCGCACUAUGGGACCCCCAAUGACGGCCUGUUCUGAAACAUCUGGUAUUGAACCCGGAACUGUAGUGACGCCUCUAGCACUGCAAUGCUGCGCCACUCGGCCCCCCCGUAUAUUGGCGGAAGCCUUGCAGGAAUCAGAUAAAGGGAUGACGACAACAGAAGAGGUAAGGAGAAUUUGAUGCAACAACCAAAAUGCACCAGAAAGGCAAGACUCUUCUCUUGGGUUUCCAAUUCAACAGCAGUCUGAAUGUUGUUCUUGUUCAGUACUAAUCGUAGCACACCUGUUCCUCACUAUAAACUGUUAUAGACAACUUUUUAUAUACCAUGUGUUGCUCCUGUCAAUGCUUUACCUACAUGUCAUAUCAGUCUCGUCUGCCAAGUCUAUAGAAGGUUGUGACUAAAUAAAACUAAACUUAGC